AUGAUUUUCCUUUUUAUCAGUGAAAACGUGGACGCAGAGCCUGCAACAGCAGACUCAGAGCCUGCAACAGCAGACGCAGAGCCUACAACAGCAGACACAGAGCCUGCAACAGCAGAUGAAGAGCCUGCAGCAGUAAGCAUCCCCUCUAUUGAAGAGCAGCUCUCCAAAGAAAAAGAAAAAAAUAAAGCUCUUGAAGAGAGGAUACGACAGUUAGAACAACAUGUACAAACUUUGGAGAGCAGUAGCAAAAUUGAAAAAUUUGGAUUAGAACGGUAUGCACAUGAUGAUGCUAAAAUACAGUUUUACACUGGAUUUCCCAGUUACAAAGUAUUAAAAAUAUUUUAUAUGUUUCUUGAGCCACAUGCAAAAGGAAUGUACCAGGCAUAUGGCAAAUCAGGCGAAAAACUUUGCAUGAGACGUCCAAAUGGAAAUAUGCAGCUUAUUGAUGAACUGUUUAUGUUUCUUGUGCGGCUGAGACUGGGUCUAUUAAUAACAGAUCUCUCAGAUCGCUUUGCAAUUAGCGCAUCCUCUGUGAGCACUAAAAUCAAUGCGUGGGCAAAUUUUUUGUAUACCAUUCUUGGCAGCAUGAAUAUCUGGCUAUCUAGGGAAGAAAUAGACGAGUAUAUGCCAGAUGACUUCAAAGCUACUUUUCCAAAAACAAGAAUAAUUGUAGACUGCACUGAGUUGUUUAUGCAGAACCCUUCUUCAUUAGUGAGAAGCAGUCAGUUCUACUCCAACUACAAAGGUCAGGCAACACUCAAGUCUUUGAUAGGUAUAUCACCACAUGGGUCAGUGACCUUUGUAUCCAAACUUUAUUCAGGCAGCAUGUCUGACUCUGAAAUAACGCAGCUUUCUGGCCUAAUUGACUUGCUGGAACCUGGAGAUUCUGUAAUGAGCGACAAAGGUUUCAACAUACAAAAUAUCCUGGCAAAGAAAAAUAUUUCAUUAAACAUGCCUGCUUUUUUAUCAGGAAAGGGUCAGUUUUCUGAAAGUGAAGUCACAGCCAACCAAAGUAUCAGUUCACUACGAGUACAUGUGGAGCGAGCAAUCCGCAGAGUCAAAGAGUAUAGGCUUUUUCACGGAAAGAUUCCUUUGACCUUAUGUGGUAGCUUGAAUCAGUUAUGGACUGUAGCUGUUCUCCUUACAAACUUUAACCCUCCUCUUGUCACCAAAUAUGCACCCAAUGCCUCAGAUGAUCCUGAUCAAGAAAUGUAG